AUGAGGUAUCACAAGUCGGUAUCACUUGUUGCUAUCGUCCUAGUUUUUGCCCUUUGGCAAGAUAGUGUAGUAGGGAAGAAAUAUGAUCAUCAAAAGAAAAAAUCUCAUUCUAAGGAAAAACCUCAUACUAAAUAUUCGGCAGCAGGCAAUUUUGACUUCGAUGCCCAUUUAACUAAAACAUUUCGUACCCUUAGCGAUGAGAAAAUUUCGGUUUACGAUGAUUUCCUUAGACCCAGUGAUAUCUACCUGCUACGCUUGUAUGUUGUUUCUCUUGGCCAGUGGGAACAUACAUUGAAAGAUCCUAAUGAUGGUAUCAAGGCAGAGACCGUAGACAAAGAUCAUAUAACAUGGAAAACAAGGAUUAAUUUUGCUAAACUUGAGAAAACAAGUGUUGGACAAAGACUUUUGGCCGGUGUUAAUCAUUUUCUUAAUGCUUCUGAAAGUAAAUAUCAUUUCUAUGAAGCAGCAUUUAAACUGGUACGACGCGGUGAUAUACCACUUAUCUCAACUGAUGCAUCUCCGGAAGAGAAAGACAUUACCAUGGUUAUCCAGUUAGUAAGUAAAUGGAAGAAAAAUGAUUAUGGCGACAUCUUAUUCUAUGAUCAAGACGAAGAAGUUGCUGCUGCUAUCCAUCCACGAUUAGCGCGUUGUAUUAUCUUUGAUGCAUCUAUCCCUUACAUACAUAAACCACCAUCUAUUGAUUAUAAAUUUGGUCAAAUGUUCUUAACUAUUAAAUUGACAAAAUCUGAAGAGAAGGUGAAGGAAUUUCAUGAUCAAUGGAAACUCAAAUACUCCAAGAGAAAUGCUGCACGUAACGCUGAUUUUGUAACCGCUCAUAAGAGUAAAGAAGCACCUAAAUUGGACAUCAGUAAAUAUCAGACUAAAAAAGUUGAAACUCCCGACGGUAAGAAAAUUUUCGUCUUUGACGGUCUUUUCAAGAAUGAAGAAUUGGAAGAAUUACGCCAAUCGAUCAAGAAUGCACGAUUUUACUACGAUGAUUCCGUCGAUAGUGGUACUGAUAAUGUUCAAUGGAUUGCUGGCUUUAAUAUUGAUUCCUAUACCAAGAGUUACUUUUGGCAAAUUCAAAAACAAGUUGCUGCUUAUGUUAGUGGAAAAGAUCAAUGGUACCCCUACGAUGUAGCAUGCAAUAUGAUACGAAGUGCUGAUCACACUCAAAUCCAUACAGAUUGUGCGGAUGUUGCUGAUGAAUGGACAUUUUUACUCUACUUAAAUCCUGGCUGGAAAAGUUCCUAUGGAGGUGAAACUGCUUACACGACUAAUAAUUCCGAUAUUAGCGAAUUUGUAACUGAAGUUCGACCUCGAUAUGGCCGAGUUGUGAUCUUUCAAGGUACCAUACCACAUUCUGCAAGACCACCCGCGCAUGAUUUCAAAGGCAUUCGAUACUCGUUUGCAGUCAAGAUGGCCAAUACUGAACAUCAAGCUCGUGUUAAUCGUUUUAUGGAAGAUUUCCGCUUAUACAAAGGAUUAAUUGAUGGCACUUUGCAAUCAGCUAAAGAAGCUAUCCGGAUGCGAGGUAGAACUCGAUAUGAAAAGUCACUGAUCAAUAGAUUAACUACCGAUGAAAUGGAACCUGAGUUAGAACAAGCACAAGGAAACGAAGAAGAAGAAGAAGGACCACCACCAGGAUAUAAAGGUGAACGAGGUCCAGAAGGCGAAGGUGAAGAGGGUUAUGAAGGACAAGAAGGUGAAGGUGAAGGAAUGGAGCAAGACCGCGAAGAAAUGGAUCCAACACGCAUCUACACACAUGCUUAUGAAUUCGAAGAAAAUGAAGGAGCAAGUAAAUAUGUAAUGAAGGAAUUUGAUACGAUAGUUUCCAACAUCAAAUCCGCCGAUGGAAAAGGAGAAAAGUUACGCGAGCCCUUAAAAAAUUUUGUGGAUCGAUUAGCUUCAAUGCACGUAAAGACGUCAGAUAAAAUUAUACGCAAUUUAUAAUAUUCCAGAAUAGCAACGGCAUCAAAAACUAAAUUACUUUUAAUAUUCCAAUAACAUUAACCCAAUUCUUAAUAAUAAUAAUAAUAAUAAUAAUAAUUAUACCUUUUUUAAUUACAAGGAUUAAGAUAAUUGUAGAAUUAAAUGUAGACUGGUAGCUUUUAAGUGGAAUAAUUGUUAUUGCGGUUAUUAUCAGUAGUUUACCAAUGAUCUUUAUAAUAUUACGCAAGAUUUUAAUAAAGUUGCCGAUUUUAAAAA